AUUUCCCUUUCCAUUGGACUCCCGUCACGGCGCAAAUCAAACACCAUGAGUCUCGCCACGCCAAACUCGUCGCAGCUCUGGCUUUGCGGAGCCUCCGACGAAAUCUACGAGAACGACAUUCUUCGCGCGCCGGACAACAUCAAAGCGUGGCUGGACUAUGCCUACUUCAAACGGCAAUAUGGCACACUUCUGGAACAGAGCUUCGUGCUGGAGCGAGCUUGCAAUGCAUUGCCGAGAAGCUACAAGCUGUGGAAGAUGUACCUCGAGUUGCGCGUGAAGCAUCUACAAGGCCGAAGCCCGGCGAAGCGGAAGGCGGAGUUUCAAAAGGUCAACGCUCUGUUCGAGCGGGCGCUGGUACUCCUGAACAAGAUGCCAAAGAUCUGGGAGAUGUACCUCACAUUCCUGUGCCAGCAGCCGCUGGUCACAUUCACACGGAGGACGUGCGAUCGCGCGCUGAGAGCUUUGCCUGUGACCCAGCACAAUCGCAUAUGGAUGCUUUACCGACCGUUCGCAUACUCGGCAGGUGGAGAGACGGCGGUCAAAGUGUGGAGGAGAUAUAUCCAGCUGCACCCAGAGCAUGUGGAGGAGUUCAUUGAUCUGCUGGCAAAAGAGGGGAAAUAUACCGAAGCUGUGCAGCAGUAUAUCCGGAUACUGAACAACCCGAACUUUCAAAGCAGGCAGGCAAAAGGACCAUUUCAGCACUGGACGGAGAUGCUGGAAAUCUUGAUAGACAACGCGCGAUUGGUACCGAAUCCUGUACCUUUGCCGGACGGCAGCACGAUCGACGUGGAGUUGAUCAUUCGCUCUGGCUGUGACAGAUUUCCGGACCAGCGUGGUAUACUGUGGGUUGGCCUGGCCCGGUACUACAUCAAUUUGGGAUCAUACGAGCGAGCCAGGGACAUCUUCGAAGAGGGCAUCACAACCGUCAUGACUGUUCGCGACUUCAGUGUCGUCUUCGAUACAUAUGCAGAAGCAGAGGAGGCUCUCAUAUCGAUCAAGCUGGAGGACUCUGCAGCGCGGCAGGCGAAAGGCAGGGUUGAUGAGGACGCAGAUCUGGAUCUUGACAUUCGAAUGCUGCGAUUCGAGCAACUGAUGGACCGACGACCAUUCCUGGUGAAUGAUGUGCUUCUACGACAGAACCCUCACAACGUCAACGAAUGGCAGAAACGGGUCUUGCUAUGGGGCGACAACAAGCCCAUGAUCGUCCAAACAUACGCGAAUGCGAUUGCAGCAAUCAGUCCGAAGAAGGCUGUCGGCCGCUUUCACGAACUCUGGACCAACUAUGCGAAAUUCUACGAAGAAGGCGGCGAUCUGGCCAAUGCUCGGAUAAUCAUGGAGAAAGCUGUCAAGGUGCCGUACAAGUCGGUGGCUGAGCUGGCUGAGAUGUGGACAGAAUGGGCAGAGAUGGAGCUGCGGAAUGAGAACUUCGACCAAGCCGUCAAUAUCAUGGCCAGUGCAACGAAGGCUCCAAAACGGAGCAACGUCGACUACUUCGAUGAGAACCUCUCGCCGCAACAAAGGGUGCACAAGAGCUGGAAGCUGUGGUCAUUCUACGUUGACCUCGUCGAGUCAGUGUCAUCACUGGAAGAGACCAAGAAGAUCUACGACCGUAUCUUCGAACUCCGUAUUGCCACCCCCCAAACUGUCGUCAACUACGCAAAUCUGCUCGAAGAGAACAACUAUCAUGAAGAAAGCUUCAAGGUCUACGAACGUGGCCUCGACCUCUUCUCCUACCCUGUCGCGUUCGAGCUGUGGAACCUGUACCUCACCAAAGCUGUCGAUAGGCGCAUCUCCAUCGAACGCCUCCGCGACCUCUUCGAGCAAGCUGUGGAAGGCUGUCCAGACCGGUUCGCGAAGACUCUCUACCUCAUGUACGGCGCUCUGGAAGAGGAAAGAGGACUCGCACGCCACGCCAUGCGCAUCUACGAACGUGCUACUCGUGCUGUGGCCGACGAAGAUCGAGCUGAGAUGUUCGAGUUCUACAUCACGAAGUCGGCGUCCAAUUUCGGUCUUACCAGCACCCGGUCUAUCUAUGAACGUGCCAUCGCCGCCCUGCCAGACAAGGAAGCCGGCAUCAUGUGUGUCAAGUUCGCGGAGAUGGAACGCCGUCUUGGCGAGAUCGAUCGUGCAAGAGCCAUCUAUGGCCAUGCAUCCCAAUUUUGCGAUCCCAGAGUCAACGCGGAGUUCUGGAGGAAGUGGGAGGGUUUCGAAGUGCAGCAUGGCAACGAAGAUACGUUCAAAGAGAUGUUGCGCAUCAAGAGAUCUGUGCAGGCUCAGUUCAACACGGACGUCAACUUCAUUGCGAGCCAGGCCGUGGCGAGACAGCAGGAGAUAGCGCAAGCGAAUGGAGAGGACGGCGAGGGCGAUGCGGACGAAGCAGAGCUUGGCGCGCAGAAGGCGGACGCUAUGGCUGCGCUCGAGAGGCAGGCUAGGGCGCCAGUUGGAUUCGUCGCGGCGACUAGCGGACCAGAAGGCGGAAAUCGACCACCGAAGGUUGAGGGCGGUGGAGAGUCUGCUGGAGGGCUGAAGGUCAGCAACGCGGAUGAGAUUGACAUUGACGACGAUCUUUGA